GAGAGACAACAGGGCUGGGGGCGGCGGAGAUCAGAAGGAGCUAAUUCCAAUGUCUUCUCUAUGUUCGAACAAACACAGAUCCAGGAAUUCAAAGAGGCAUUCACCAUCAUGGAUCAGAACCGGGAUGGCUUUAUUGACAAGGCAGAUCUGAGAGAUACGUUUGCUGCAGUGGGUCGUUUGAAUGUAAAAAACGAAGAACUCGAUGAAAUGAUAAAGGAGGCUCCUGGAGCAAUUAACUUUACCGUAUUCCUGAGCAUGUUUGGAGAGAAGCUCAAGGGUGCCGAUCCAGAGGAGACGAUCCUGAACGCGUUCAAGGUGUUUGACCCCGAGGGCAAAGGCCUGAAAUCUGACUACAUUAAAGAAAUGCUGAUGACGCAGGGAGAGAGGUUCUCCCAGGAAGAGAUCGACCAGAUGUUUGCAGCUUUCCCCCCAGACAUCACUGGAAAUUUAGACUACAAAAACCUCGUCCACAUCAUCACACAUGGAGAAGAGAAGGAUUAA